GACGCGGCCAGCGGAGGACCGAUGCAGAGACGACGGAGAGAGAGAGAGAGGGCUGAGUGAAAAGACGGCGACUCUUCACUCCCUUCCCAUUUAUCCCUUGUUCGCCCUUCUAACCGAGGAGGCUCUCUUCCGCUUUUUUCCUGACCGACGCCCUAAUCUUGGUCGUCGCGGUUUUACUUGUGAGGCAAAGCUGUGACUCAUAUCAUAUAUAGCAUGACCAAGCUUGGGCCAUCGAGGCAAGUUACAAAGAGGCGUGCCAGAGACGAUAUCCGAGCUAAAAUGGUUCUUGGUGUGGACCUCAACACUCCCCCUCUUGAGGGCCAUGAGCAGGAGGCAUCUUCUGGUUCCAGGCAUCCUCCGGUAUCACAAAGAACAUCUGUUUCCAUUACUCGGUGCAAUCAUCCCACUGGACAGCAGCAGGGUUCUCUUCUAUCAACCAAUUAUGGUACAAAUAGUUUGCUCAUUGAUGUAGAUGCAAUUGAGGAUGAGGUCCAGUUGCUCUCAUCUUCAAGAGGAUUUCCUCAGGGAAGGAACUGUUCUAGGAGAAACCAGCCUGUGACAGUGGUUCUAGAUGAAGAUACUGACACACAUUCAAGAAGAUCAGAGGGAUUGGUGACCAUGUUAUCUUUGGACAAUCACAAUAAGCAUGAAAGAAGUUCAAGAAACACAACAGUUAUUAAUUGUGAGGCGUAUCCAGAUUUGGAAAAGGAGGACAAUGUGAAGGGCAAGAAUGUGAUGGAAUAUAGGCCAGAGCCUCCUAAGCAACCGACUUUCACCUGCCCUAUCUGCAUGAACACUUUGGUUGAGGCAUCAUCAACCAUUUGCGGUCAUAUUUUCUGCCAGAGCUGCAUAAAGGCCUCCAUUCAAUUUCAGAAGAAGUGCCCCACUUGUCGAAGAAAGCUGACCAUGAACAAUUUCCACAAGGUGUAUCUGCCAACUACCGACUGAGGUGAUUGCAGAAUUGGCUUUUUUUCUUUAUUAUGAAGCCUCUGUGCUUUUAGUAAAAUUUCAUCUACCAUAUUGCUCACGGUGUCACUCUAGAUAUUCUUGGCAGUUUUUGUCCAAAUCAUUUUUAAUUAAAAUUAAAGUUAAUAUGUUAAGUAUGAA